AUGACGCCCCCUCGCGCGCGCCGAAGCGCGUCUCCGACCGUGUCGACGGCACGGAAAGGUUGUAAGAAGGCUUCUCAGCGAUCUUCAGCCUCGCUGGGAGGAGCAGGGUCAACGACGGCUCCCGCUUGCGACGACGAAGAUGGGCGCGCUCAAGUGGCCAAAGAUGCUCGUGAGGUCGCCGUUUCUUUGCUCGCGAACAAACGUCGCCGGGAGGUUUCUGGCCAGGUAAUGGCAAAAGUGACAGCUACGACGUUAUUCCUCGACACCGUGAGCUUCAAAACAGAGUUGAUAAAACAACACGCGUUCCUGAACCGCGUGAGGAAGCUGCUGAAAGACAAGGAUGUGAAGCGAGACGCGCGCGCGUUGGUCACUGAAGAGUGCGCUUCGACAUCAGAUCAGUCCGAAAACACUGUGCACGUCACCGCUGAUGUCGCACGCACACGCCGUGAAGAGCGGAGCCGAAAUCCGCACCCCUUCUACGUCGAAGUAGUGCAUGCAUUAAGUCGCGGGGACAUCUCGGCGACGCAGGCUGUCCAUGAGUUGCAGCAGGUUGGCGUACGAGUCACCAAAGCGUUUUUGAAACGCGUGUGCACGGCUCAGUCGUUCCGGGAUGACAUUCCCCAUUACUCCGAGUGCGAAGACGGCCGCGGCAGACCAAGUGCACUCAGCAACGCAUACUUGGACCAGCUCGCAAAAAUUGUGAAGCAUUACAUUCGAGUUGGGAUAUCACUGAGUCAAGAGACGAUUUUGUCGAUGGCUAAAAACUUCUAUCGCGACGAGCAUCACGCAGAUCCUUCUGAUAAAACGUUCGGAUCCGCGUGGUUCUAUCGAUUUCUCAAUCGCCAUGGCAUUGACACUUCUCUGUACAAUCCCCAGGAUGCCUUGAGACUCAACGCCGCAACGGAGCACAACGUCAGCAAUUACUACCAGCGCGUGGCCCAAACAGCAGUCAGUAAUGGCUUCGCGACAUGGAAUGCCGACUUCGACGCGAACGAUAGGAGUAGUGAGAUGAUCAUUUGGAACGAAGAAAAGAAGAGCCGCGUGUUCACGUUCGACGAGGCGAAGGUGAUGCUUGCCUAUGAGAAAGGCGUGCGCGGAGUGAGAAUGUUGGUCAUCAAGGGCGAAGACAACCGCAGAUCGGCUGUCACAGCGAACGAUGCAUUCGCAGCAUCCGUCAUGGGAUGUAGAAACCUCGCUGGCGAGUCCUUGGCGCCUUACUUUGUGUGCACGACGCAGCCAAAUGUCGAAGAUGGUUUUGAAAUCCCUGGAACUAUCACCGAUACGACGACGGGUGCGUGCCAACAAGCCCAAUGGAUACGAGGAACGAAGAAGGGUUCAUUCGACGGAUUCGCAUUCGCGACUUGGCUGAAGGAUCAUCUCGCGCCGUGUGUUCCCGAUUUGUCGCCGGAGAAUCCGGCCAUGGUGAUUUGUGACGGAUGUUAUGCUCACACAGUCGACGAGGUGCUUGAGAUUUGUGCAGCAAUGGGGAUUCUCAUGGUCAUUCUGCCGCCUCAUUGCACGCAUAUCCUGCAAGGCGAAGAUUUGUACCACUUUGGUGUGUUUAAAGGUGCGUUUCGCGUCGAGCGUGCUGAAAUCGAAGCGAUGAAACAACUCGCCGCCGCGUGGUUCAUCAAGCUCUUCGAGAACGGCGUCGCUACUUCUUUCGGACAGCGAGAGUUUUGGUACGCGGUUAAGGAGGCAUGGAAAGGCGCUUGGACGAAACAGGCUGUCGAGAAAGGAUUUAAAAUGCAAGGAUUGGUCCCUUUUAAUCGAGCUCCACUCUGGAAAAACUUCCCGAACCAUGAACGCAAGGAGCCGCAGCGCUCGACACCGGACAAGGAAUCUCAAGUUGAAGCUGCCGAGCGGUGCGUUGAGCGCAUGUCCAUACCAGGAGCGCCCGGACUGCGAGUUAUCGCACAAUCUAGCGACUCGACAUUCGAUGUGACGUUUGAUGGUAGUCCAGAGUCGUUCGCACGGGCGCCCCUGAACAUGAUGAAGCUGGACGAAGUGUACAAGAGCCUUGUUGAAAAUCCGAGUAACCAUAGUAUGAACGACGAGCACUUGAACGUUAUGAAGCAGCUCAUUCUCGAAAAGCAAGAAAACAUCACAAAGAACAUCGUGACGACGACCCGGAAACAGAGAAGUACACGCAGACACGAUCGCUAUGAUGAAGCGACUGCUCCAGCCAUGGCCCGCCUGCUCGCCGCUCGACAGAAGAGAGAGAAAACGAAGAAGAGAACGCACGACGCAGCUCAAGAUGGAUGCGACGCUCGGUUCAAGGACAACACGGAUGAUAUUCAAUUUCUUGCGGCGCUUCAUAAACGCCUGGACGACAACGGAUCACUCGAGAAAUCUCUUACAAGAGCUGAACUCAUGAAGGUGAUGCGCGCGAAGCGAAUUCCACUGCCACAAGGACCGACCGCUGAUAUCUUGAGAGAUAAGUUGAAAGAGGUUGACGAGCGGCUCUAUGAAGCAAACAUAGAAUGUACAAGAGUUGCGAACGCGCGGUGGCCCAAAAGAGCACGUCACGCGUCGUCAGUCGACGAUGCAAACGUAAGGUGCGAGGUGAAGUACCAUCCAAGUGGCGUCCGAGUACAACUUAUAACGGACUAA